GAAAGUAAAACAAGAUUUGUAAAAAACUGAGCAGGGGUGUCGCAUGAAAAGCUGGUACUCGUACAGUCACACAACCAAAUUCACAGUUCAGAUACCGCUGUUGAGGUAAUCACGAGCAAAAUGGCCUGUCUAAGAAGGUGCUGUUGUUCGUGUUGUUCCCGCUGUGGUUCUACUCAACAAGGCCGAACGCUUCGCAUAGUAAUGAUUGGAAAAACUGGAGUUGGAAAAAGCGCUGUGGGAAACACCAUCCUUGGUAAAGAGGUUUUUGAAUCAGCCCCUGAUGCAAACUCUGUCACUCGCAAGUGCCAAAAAAACAUGGUUCAUGACCAAAGAGACAUUUAUGUGAUUGACACACCUGGAAUCUUGGACACUAACUUGGAUGAAAGAGAGAAAAUCAAAAAAGAAAUUGUGAGAUGCAUUCAGGUUUCAGCACCAGGCCCUCAUGUGUUCCUGCUGGUGAUGCAGAUUGGCCGUUUCACACCUGAGGAGCAUAAUUCAGUCAAAGCCCUGCAAGAGAUCUUCGGUGACGAAGCUUCUAAAUACAUGAUAGUAGUCUUUACCCAUGUAGAUUCCCUCAAGAGUCAAACAAUAGAAGACUAUGUUGAAAAAGGUCACAAAGAACUCCGUAAAGUAAUCCAGAGUUGCGGUUCUCGAUAUGUUGCCUUUGAUAACAAUAAAAUAAAAAAUCGAGCUCAAGUGAAGAAAUUAAUUGAGAAGAUUGAUGAAAUGGUGGCAGCCAAUGGGGGAGAUUGCUUCACACAGGAUAUGUACAAAGAAGCUGAAGAGAAAAUUCAGCAACAGGACAUGGAGAGAGAGGAGGCAGAGCUUCUGGAUUAUGACUUUACAUUUGUCAGACAUCUCGAUCAGAAAGUCAUUUUGUUUCAACAAAUACUGAUGGAAGGUCUUGAAAAGGAUGCUAAAAAUAAUGGCAUUUAUGCUCAGAAACAGAGAAUACACCGUUCAUGAGCAUCUUAAUUCAGAUAUCACGGAUACAAUCUAAGGAAGAGAUUUUUUUUUCUAACUUUAUUUACUCAUUUAUGUGA